AUGGCGGCCGCCGGGAGCGGUCCCCAGUGGCCGAUGUCUUCCCCUCUCCAGAGCGGUUCACGAACCGGGGCCCAGUGGAUUCUGCCGCACUCAGAAAAAGAGCGGCAGUCUCGCUGGUCUUCUUUUCCCAUGGGGCAGAGAUCGAAAGGUACUUUCCACAAAGCCUCCUCCUACCUGCUCCAGCAGCUCAUUCACCGCUCUCAGGAGUCGGACGCGGACGGAGAGGAGUACGAGGACGAGGCCGAGGGCGAGGGCGAAGGGGAAUCCGAGGAGUCCUCAGAGUCCGAGAUGCAGGAUUUGGAGGAGAAAUUUGAUGGGGUCCUGAGAGAGGAGGUCGUGGCCAAUGCCCUUCACCAGUUGGGGCGCUCGGGCUCUGGGACUGAGCAGGUCUAUCUCAAUCUAGCUUUACCAGGUUGUGAUUUAAUUGACAUUAGCAUUCUCUGUGAAUAUGUUCACCUACAGAAGUUGGAUCUUUCAGUAAAUAAAAUUGAAGAUCUGUCUUGUGUGAGUUGUAUGCCUUACCUUCUAGAACUUAAUGCUUCUCACAAUAAAUUGACGACAUUCUUCAAUUUCAAGCCACCCAAAAAUCUCAAGAAUGUGGAUUUUUCCUACAAUCAAAUUUCUGAAAUGCGUGAUUUGUCAGAAUACCAGACUCUCACUAAACUAAUUUUGGACAACAACGAGAUAGAGGAGAUCAGUGGGCUAGAGCUGUGUAGUGGCCUAACGCACCUGAGUCUGGCCAAGAACAAGAUCACAUCAAUUAACGGCUUAGGCAUGCUGCCAAUCAAGAUCCUUUGUCUGAGCAGUAACAGGAUUGAGAAGAUCACGGGUUUGGAGGACCUAAAAGCCUUGCAGAUCGUGGAUCUGUCCCACAAUCAGAUCAGCAGCCUCCAGGGCUUGGAGAACCAUGACUUCCUGGAGGUGAUCAAUCUGGAAGAUAAUAAGAUUGCCGAGCUGGGUGAAAUAGAAUACAUUGAAAAUCUACCUCUCCUCCGGGUUCUCAAUUUUCUAAGAAAUCCAAUUCAGGAAAAAUCUGAAUAUUGGUUCUUCGUGAUUUUUAUGCUCCUACGAUUAACAGAAUUAGACCAGAAGAAAAUUAAAGUGGAAGAAAAGGUUGCAGCUGUGAAUAUAUACGACCCUCCCCCUGAAGUGGUCGCAGCCCAAGAUCACCUGACCCAUGUCGUCAACAGCGUGAUGCAGCCCCAGAGGAUCUUUGACAGCACUCUCCCCCGCCUGGACGCCCCAUAUCCCAUGCUGGUGCUGGCUGGUCCUGAAGCCUGUGGGAAACGAGAACUUGCUCACCGCCUCUGCAGACAGUUCAGCACGUACUUCCGGUACGGGGCCUGCCACACCACCAGACCGCCUUACUUUGGAGAAGGGGAUCGAGUGGAUUACCAUUUUAUCUCUCAGGAAGUUUUUGAUGAAAUGCUAAACAUGGGGAAAUUCAUUCUUACCUUUAAUUAUGGUAGUCACAGUUACGGAUUAAAUAGGGACACCAUAGAAGGUAUCGCGAGAGACGGUUUGGCAAGCUGUAUUCACAUGGAAAUAGAAGGUGUAAGAAGUUUGAAAUUUUCCUAUUUUGAGCCUCGAUAUAUCCUGGUGGUGCCCAUGGACAAGGAAAAAUAUGAGGGAUAUUUGCGGAGAAAAGGAUUAUUCAGUCGUGUAGAGAUUGAAUUUGCUGUGUCCAGAGUGGACCUUUAUAUUAAAACCAAUCAGAAAUUUCCAGGAUAUUUUGAUGCGAUCAUCAAUGCAGAUGAUCUGGAAGUUGCCUACCAAAAGCUGAGUCACCUCAUCAGAGAAUACCUUGGAUUGUCUGAGGAAACAUCCAAGAAUUUGGCUCCGACUGCAGGUACUAAGAUGCCUCCGCUGAAAUCUGAAGAUUCCGCUCGGAAGCGCUCCACUUUGAAUCUGUGUGACCUCCUGGAUUCUACAGACAGAAACUACUUUGUGAAAUUAUGGGCCAGACUUUCAGCCAAAAAAACCCCAGUGGAAAGAGAUUCUAUAGAGAGACAAUAUGAGACAGCCCGGCAGGCCCUGAUGGGAAAGAUAUCUCCUCAUCACACACUCCUGUUUCAAAGGGGUCCAGUGCCAGCACCUGUUACCAAUGGUCUACAUUAUUUUACAGCUUUAGAACUGCAGAAAAAUUUUGAGCUUUGUGAAGAUUAUUUUAAAGCUCCCAUUGGACCGUAUUCCGAGAGGAGUGGCAAGGAUUCCCACCUUCUCAAGAACUACUCUACGAUAUUUCAUGCUUAUCCAUGGUUGAAAGACAUGUCUUCUCAGCCUCCAGAGGGCAGUGGUUAUUCUCGCCCGGGAUCAGCAGUAAGUGAUGGUGAGGCUGAUCAGGCCCUAAGAGAGCUAUUUAAACACUCACUUCCAUGGGACAAAGUGCCUGUCCAACACAGAAGACACACGGUCUCGGUCGCCAGCCACCCAGGUUUUAACACCAAACUCAUCCUCCCUCCAAUCCCUCAGGGCCCCAAGUAG